UUUUCUCUAUUUACCUGCGCGGUAUGUCAUGGGCAUAUAUCAAGCACUGAAAACAGGAGAAACCGAUAGACUGUCUUUUCCGUGUGUUAUUUUCGAACCUUAAAAAAUGUCGCUUAUACCUCUUUUAAUGGAGUUGAACCGACCUUCGCGUAUACAGGACCAGCACUUCGCCUUAGCAUUGACUCCUGAAGACAUGUUGACUAUAGUUGUUCCUCAAUCGAAUCGUGAGUACUAUCGUCCUUGGCACCAACUGUCCAACGCUUUAAAAGACGUAGGAUCUACAAUUAGAAACGACAAGAGGAAGUUCCAAAUCAAUCUAGACGUUCAGCAUUUCUCGCCUGAAGAAAUAUCUGUGAAGACUGCCAAUGGUUUUCUUGUAAUUGAGGGUCAACACGGGGAGAAGAGAGAUGAGCAUGGUUGGGUUUCCCGUAAGUUUAGAAGGCGAUAUGAAUUGCCUGAAGGCUGUAACUUGGAAGCUGUUGAAUCUCGUUUGUCAUCGGAUGGAGUUUUGUCUGUGACUGCUCCACUAGAGUGCGCUAAGGCAGACGAAAGAAUCGUUCCCAUCAUACAAACUGGGCCAUUAAGAACCCAACUUGGGGGUCAGAAAGCGAAUAUUGGCGAUGGCGAACCGGUAGAAAAGGAUCCUAUUGAAAAUGGUCAGUAACCCGGCAUUGAUCCACUGUCAUUACUAUCUCUAAAUUAAACUGAAGGAUGCAAUCAUUUAUUGUCUUCAAGUAUGACUAAUACACCAAAUAGUUGAAUAAUACACACGCGGUUCAGGUAAUAUGAAUUUUGAGCAGGUACAUUGUAAUAAAAUUUGAGCAAGUAAAUGCAAAUUAUAUUUUA